CAUUGGGGCCCACAGUAGGUGGGGGAGGGGAGAGGCUCCGCGGUCCUGAGGCGCCUCCCCCUGGCCCAGGCGCGCUCCCCCCGGGAUGCGCCGAGCAGCGGUGGGGGAGGGUCGCUCUCCGCCUCGAGGGUCCCGCCGGCCCCGUGGCCAAUGGAAACCUCUCGGGCCGUCCAGGGUGGGGAGGGGAGCGUCCGCUAGCCACAGGCCCAGCCCCAGCCCCCACCUCCAUCCUUAGGCCGCAGCCUGCCUCGGGGGUGGGAAGGGGAGGGGCGUGCUCUUGAACUUCUGGGCCCCUCCUCCCGCCCCCCACCCCAGACGCCCAGCCCUCCUCUCCUCUCUCCCGCUUCUCCGGAGCUCGGACCCACCGGGCGGGGCUGCGGGAGAUUCCUCUCCGAGCUCCCGUCCGGACCCUAUGAGCCCCCUGGGGCCCAGGUCCCCCGAACAUCGGCGGCCCGGUAAGGACUCGAAUCCAGAACCCCGGCCUGGGCCGAAGGGCGCACACUGCAGCCAUGGACCACAAGAUCCUGGAGAUCCGCAGGUUCCUGGAGGACGGCUCCCUCCCCGAUCACCUGGUGACCCCGACGCAGAAGAAGGACUUCCGCCGGCGGGCGCAGAAUUUUACCCUGGAAGGCCCCAAUCUGAUGUUUACUCGUCCUGGCAAGAAAUGGGCUCUGGUGGUGUUUGAUCGCAAGGACCGCCUGAAGCUCGUGAAGCAGGCCCACAUCACCAGCUCAGGCGUCCAUUGCUCCUUGCCCGAAACCAAGAAGAAGGUUUCCUUUAGCUACUACUGGCCUACCCUUGUCCGAGAUGUCACCCAAUGGGUCAAGCAAUGUAGCUGCCUGCAGAAGUCACGUUCAGAGAGGUCUUUACCCAUCCAGGGUGUCACCAAGAGCCACCGUGGCAAGGACCCACUGCCUGUGCUUCAGGUUGAAUCGGUCACUCAGGCCUUUGAGCAAGUGGGCAUGGGCGUGGUGGGGCCCCUGGUGGAGACUCCGAAUGGCUUCCGAUUCAUCCUCCUCUCCGUGGAUGCCUACUCUCGGUGGGUGGAGGCCUCGCCACUGAAGGAACAGAAUCCUGUGGAAGUGGCCGGAGCCCUCAUUCCCUUCCUUCUCCGAUUUGGUCGCCCCCAGCUCCUGGUUACCACUCUGAGAGUUCCAUUUGUGAACCAGGUCAAUCGGAGCCUUCGUCGGCAGCUUCAGAGCCUGGGGGUGCCCCUUGGCAAGCUAGACAUCGUCAUGUCAGCUUUCCAGCCGAAGAUUAACAGCAUCUUGGCCAUGACAUCGAGCUGUAUCAGGAAGACCCUCUGGAACCUGCUGAAAGGGGACCUGGAGAAGUGGGAUCGGGUCCUGGACAGAGCUCUCUUCACCCUGAGGACCGCGGUGACCAAGAAUAAGAGGAGGAGCCCCUUCCAGAUACUGUAUGGCCGCAAACCCAGGGCUGCUCAGGAGGUUCCCUCCCAUUUUGACGUGGUUGCAGCAGACACUGUGACGGGGGACCUGGAAGCCUCAGAAACCAGGGAUCCUGUGCCCAAGCCCAUGGAGCGGCCCAAGCAGGACUCCAUGCCAGAACCCACUCAGCAGUCCACACUGCAGCCCACUCCGCAGUCCACACUGCAGCUCACUCUGCAGCCCACUCCACAGUCCACACUGCAGCCCACUCAGCAGUCCACACAGCAGCCCAUUCAACAGUCUACACAGCAGCCCAUUCAACAGUCUACACAGCAGCCCAUUCAACAGUCUACACAGCAGCCCAUUCAACAGUCUACACUGCAGCCCAUUCAACAGUCUACACUGCAGCCCAUUCAACAGUCCACACAGCAACCCCUUCAACAGUCCAUACAGCAGCCCAUUCCACAGUGCCCACAACAGCUCAGGCCUGAACUCAUCCAGCAGUCCAUGCUGGAGUCUAUGCAGCAACCCAUACUGGAGCCCGGGCAGCCAUCUGGGUCAGAACCCAUGGGGCAACUCCUCCAUCAGCCUCUCCCAGAGCCCUUAUAUCAGCACAUAUGGCAGCCCAUGCUGCUGGGCUCCUUGCAGCAGCCCAUCCAGCAGCCUCUCCAUCCACUCAUCCAGCAGCCCAUGCCGCUGCCCAACCAGCAGCCCAUGCAGCUGCCCAUGCAGCUGCCCUUGCAGCAGCCCAUGCAGCAGUCUCUCCCACAGCCCAUCCAGCAGCUCAUUCUCCAGCCUAUCCAGCAGCCCAUGCAGCAGUCCAUGCAGCAGCCCAUCCAGCAGCUCAUUCUCCAGCCCAUCCAGCAGCUCAUUCACCAGCCUAUCCAGCAGCCCAUGCCACAGGUCAUGGCAGAGCCUCUGCCUCCCCCCCUGCCAAGGGUGACGGAAUGCCACGUGGCCAGCAACUGGUGCCAACAGACAGCUCCUGCCUUGGAGGCCCCCUGGGAAAAGUGGGAGCCUGGUGGAGGAGCCUUUUGGACCCAGUGGAGGGAUCCUGGCAACUAGGGACAGAAGCCCACCCCCAAGUUUGAGCUGAAGCCCCAUCCGUGGGGUCAGGGUUGGUGGCCCCUAAAUGCCACAGUGGCUCUGGGUCUGGGGGUGAGGAUGGGCUUGUGGAGUCAGAUGACCUCUGGGCAUCUUGGACAAUGUUCCCCUUGUGGCCCCAGCCUUCACUCGUUAAGCUCCUACUGUGCGCCAGUUACUGACAAAACCCAGAAAGUCUCUCUUCUCAAGUGGCUUUCAUCCUGCUCGUGAGAAUACAUUGUUCCAUCAACCUACAA